AGUCACAUAAGAGAGGCAGCAGCCAUAGAGGGAGAGGUGAAUGACGAGAUCAUCCUCUCUGCCAGCCUCAUCAUGUUCAUGCUGCAGAUGUUGACUGUUAUCUCCCUGACUGUUCUCCUCCUGGCAUCUGCGCAAGGUAAAGGUGUGCAGAUGCAGCGGGAUGUCCAGUGCUGCAUGCUCUAUUCCCAUGGCAAGGUACGCACCAAGGACGUGCUGCGGUUUGAGGUGCAGACCGAAGGGCCGGACUGCAGUAUACAAGCCAUCAUUCUUUACACCAAAAAAGCGGUGAAGUGUGCCGACCCCAGGGACCGUAAGGUGAAGAGGUUGCUGCGGAAGCUCCUGCAGAGACAACGGGCCAAGGCCCAUCGAACAAUGUGGCUUCUUCCUCACGACAACCUGCCUGUCAUGACAGAGGAGAAGAAAGACAACUGGGCCGUCCUCAAUAUGGAGUGACAGGAAAAUGUCAAAUAUGGAAGAAAAUGAAUCGUCAUAGGCCAAGUAAACUGCCAGCAGCUCGUCAUCCUACAGUAAAACAGCAGUUAGCUGACUCUCCAGUCGUCUUGUGUCUCUUGCUCUAUAUCACAACUAUCUGUCUGCAGUGGACCAGACCUGGGCAGCAAUAUCUAUUUAAAUGGCUUUACAUAUUUAAAAUAUGAACUGUACUUGACAGAUUGCGAAAGUGAGGAGGAGGAGGAAGAAGAAGAGGAUUGACUUGUAAGAUACGUGAGAUGGAUUUAUCUAAAAUGGCUCUUACUGUUAUUUGCCAGAGUCUGCCUCAAAAGAGUCUCCCUCUCUCCAUCCAUAACGUCUUUAUGGCUGAUCUGUGGAAAAAAAACAUUGUGGUUUGAACACAUAUAUAUCGUAUACCUGAGCAGUGAUCUCAAUAUCGUCCUGAAGCAAGAUACUUACAGUAUAUGCUUGUUUGUGCUUUGUAAAUGUUCACAUUCAUGUUUAACUGCUCUGAGUAAGUAGUUUGAGUUUUGUGGGUGCAGAAGUUAUCGGGGAGCAUUUUUUUUUUUUUUUUUUUACUCAAUUGACUUGCACCUUGUUUUGUACAAUCCAGGUUUCACACUCCCUUUCAGACUUUGACCUCCCGUAUGUGACUGUUAUACAACUGAGCUCGAGAUGUGAAACCUACAAACAGUGAGAAGCAAUCUGUCUGCUAUUUAUACCAAUUGUUACAGUAAUAACGUAACCCUAGAGUCAGUGUUUCAAACUAUCUGCAUUCGUCGACCUCACUACUACAUAGUCCGCCAUUAAACUAUGCCAAAGUACUCUUCUUCAUAAUUCCAUUCACCACCUGACAAGGCUGUUCAAACUUUGAGGGCUCGAUAGUGUGUGAAGCACACAGUCAAUGUAUUGUAGAUAAAUACACUGUAUGUGGAAACACGCAAUGUAAAGUGAACUAUUUUAUAAAAGAACCUGAAACAAUCUG